AUGGCUUCUCUACCGAAAACCUACAAGGCCGUGGUACAAAAGUCCGCCACGGAUACCUGGCAACUAUCAGAUGUCCCACUUCAACAUCCCAAGGCUAACCAGGUCCUCGUCAAGGUCCUGGCUUGCGGUGUCUGCUUCAGCGAUGUAAUGAUCGGUACAGGCGAAAUGGGCGACAUUUUCCCUCGAGUAGUUGGGCACGAAAUUGUCGGCGAUAUCGUCGAGGUUGGCCCAGGUGUUGUCAACUUUCAAGAAGGCCAGCGCGUUGGUGGUGCCUGGCACGGUGGCCAUGAUGGCAUCUGCCGACAAUGUCAGCGGAGCAUCUUCCAACUGUGCGACAACGCUGCGAUCAACGGCGUUACACAGGACGGUGGCUUUGCCGAAUACGUGAUCCUACGGACAGAGGCAGUUGUCCGUAUCCCUAAGGAACUUGAUCCGGCCAAGACCGCUCCUCUUCUAUGCGCCGGCGUUACAGUCUUUAAUGGUAUUCGAAAGCUGCAUGUCGAGCAGGGCGCUGUUGUUGCCGUUCAAGGUCUGGGUGGCCUUGGCCACUUGGCCGUCCAAUAUGCCAACAAGAUGGGCUACGAGGUCGUCGCUAUAUCAACAGGCGAUGAUAAAGCUGCCUUUGCCAAGCAACUUGGUGCCCACCACUACAUCAACUCUAAGAAAUCCAACGUUUCCGAAGAGCUCAUGAAGCUCGGUGGUGCCGCUAUUGCCGUGCAGACUGCGCCUGACCCUACCGUUUAUGGUCCUUUAAUGAAGGGCCUAGCAGUUGAGGGCAAGCUGCUCAACCUGGCUGUUGGGGCUCCUUUUGAGGUUGAGCCAGCAGUGAUUAAUAUGAGAGCAGCCGCAGUCCAGGGAUGGCCAAGCGGACAUGCUUUGGAUAGUGAAGAAGCAAUUCGCUUCGCAAUGCUGCACGGAGUUGAGUGCAUGGUGGAGACUUAUCCGCUGGCCGAGACACAGAAGGCGAUUCAGAGUUUGGUGUCUGGGAAGCCAAGAUUUAGAAAUGUUUUGGUGAUGCAGUAG